UAACUGACACAUAUGACCCUGGCUCUUCAGAGAGUCGACUGACCAAACUCCUCAACAUGCAUCAGCUUUUCCGACUGGUUUUGGGACAAAAAGAUCUUUCACGAGCCGGGGACCUCUUCUCCUUAAAUGACUCUGAGAUUGAAGACAGCCUGACAGAAGCUUUGGAGCAAAUUAAAAUAAUCAGCUCAUCUUCGGAUUACCAAACCAAUAACAAUGACCAGGCAGUGGUUGAAAUCUGCAUAACAAGAAUCACGACUGCCAUCAGAGAGACGGAGUCCAUUGAAAAGCAUGCCAAGGCCCUUGUGGGACUCUGGGACUCCUGCUUGGAACACAACCUGAGGCCCCCCUGGAAGGACGAAGACACUCCUCAUGCAAAAAUCGCGUCUGACAUCAUGAGCUGCAUCUUACAGAAUUACAGCCGGCCCUCUGUGAUGGCAUUAGCCAUCCCCAUCGCGGUGAAAUUCCUGCACCGAGGCAACAAGGAGCUGUGCAGGAACAUGUCUAAUUACCUGUCCCUGGCCGCCAUCACCAAGGCAGAUCUCCUGGCUGACCACACAGAAGCCAUAGUCAAGAGCAUACUACAAGGUAAUGCCAUGCUGCUGAGGGUGUUGCCUGCCGUGUAUGAAAAGCAACCUCAGCCCAUUAACAGACACCUGCCAGAACUCCUGGCCUUGAUGUCUCAGCUGGAACAACCAGAACAGUAUCAUCUACUACGGCUUUUGCAUGUAGCAGCAAAGAGAAAACAAUUGGAGGGGAUUCAGAAGUGUGUUCCUUUCCUAAUCGGACAUUUGAAAGAUGCAACCAACAGUGACGUCAUCCUAAACAUCCUCAUAGAGAUAGCAGGCUCUGAACCAGCAGCUCUGAGUAGCUUUCUCCCGAUGCUCAAAGAGAUAGGUGAAAGAUUCCCCUACCUCGUUGGACAAACGGCGAGGAUCUACGGAGCUGUUGGGCAAGUGGACGAAGAGAGAGCCAGGAGCUGCCUGGCCUACCUGGUGAGCCAGCUGGCCAGCAUGGAGCACUCGUUUCACCAUAUUCUUCUGCUAGAGAUCAAGAUCAUCACUGACUCCUUCUCCUCCAUCCUGGGCCCGCAGAGCAGAGACAUCUUCCGCAUGAGCAACAGCUUCACCACCAUUGCCAAGCUCCUUACCCGACAACUGGAGAGCUCCAAGGCUGGAAGUAGCAGGGGAAAAACCAGCACUGAAGUUGAAUUCCCUGAGAAACUGAAAGAAACUAAACUCACAAUAACUGAAAACGAAGACCAUGAAAAGCUCCGAGUUAAAAUCCAGGCCUUUGAAGACAAAAUAAAUGCUGAGAGCAAUACUCCUGCUUCAAUCAGAAGAUAUAGUUUGGGCCAAGUUUUUAAAGAAGAAAGAAAAAACAUGAGAUUUAACAGGUCAAAAAGUUUGGCUUUGCACUCCGUGCUCACGAAGGGCGUGAGCUCAGAUGACGGGGACGAUGUGGAAAGUGGAGAUACACCUGCCAGCACCUCUCUGUCAGAAAUAGACCCACUUCACCAAGGAAGUGACAAGCUUUUCUCUAAGACAGACACGGAUGGGUCACAGCUGGGAGGUUCCUCAGUUUCAUACCCAAGUAUUGUCCAUAUAGAAUCAGAGAAGUUGCCAGAAACUGUUGAAGAGAACUGCCAGGAAGAAACUCUAGGGACAAUGACAAGUCCUAUGGAACACGAAGAUAAGCUCUACUUGUACUUAAAGGAAAACCUCAGUAAAGUGAAAGCCUACGCCGUGGAAAUCGGAAAGAGGAUUCCAAUCCCUGAUCAGUGCACCAUUGAAGAUACAGUUAGGAGUUGCGUGGCCAAGUUGUUCUUCACCUGCUCCUUGAAGGGCCACUACUGCCUCUACAGCAAGUCCAGUUUUAUCCUCAUCAGCCAGGAACCUCAGCCGUGGAUCCAGAUCAUGUUUCUGUUUCAGCAGAGCUUGUUUCCUGAGCCCCUGUCCAUACAGAGCCACUCUGUGCAAUUCCUCAGAGCCCUGUGGGAGAAGACCCAGGCAGGCAGUGCCCAUAGCUUUGAAACAGCCAUGAUGGAGUCCACAUUUCCACAGCAGAAGGAUCUGGACCAGGUACAGCUCCAUCUGGAAGAAGUGAGGUUCUUUGAUGUGUUUGCCUUCAGCGAAACAGCAGGAGCAUGGCAAUGCUUCAUGUGCAACAACCCUGAGAAAGCAACCGUUGUGAAUCAAGAUGGCCAGCCUCUUAUAGAGGGAAAACUUAAAGAGAAGCAAGUCAGAUGGAAGUUCAUCAAGCGGUGGAAAACCCGGUAUUUUACACUAGCUGGAAAUCAACUCCUAUUUCAAAAAGGAAAGUCUAAAGACGAUCCUGAUGACUCCCCAAUAGAGCUCAGCAAAGUACAGAGUGUGAAAGCUGUGGCCAAGAAACGCAGGGACCGCUCUCUCCCUCGGGCUUUUGAAAUCUUCACAGACAACAAAACCUAUGUGUUCAAAGCCAAGGAUGAGAAGAAUGCAGAAGAGUGGCUUCAGUGCAUCAAUGUGGCGGUUGCCCAAGCUAAAGAGAGGGAAAGCAGAGAAGUUACAACUUAUCUGUAG